ACACUCCACGAGCAGUUAGUCGCAGUUUAUGUUUCUAGGAUGCAUGGAAAGGUGGAAUGUUCUUCAGAAUGUCCCCUGGACGUCAUGGUAUUUAGAUCUUAAUGUGAAGUGAGCAGAUUUUACUUUUAAUCUGUUAGAUAUGUACUAUUUUAUUUGAAGAUGAUCUUGAAGCAGUUCUUGAACAGUGAAUACCUCUGCCCCAGUAUGUUUGCAAUGUAACUUAACCUCCAAUAACAGUAAUUCGACAAUUCGGUUUUGAAACCCAAUUACUAUAGCAUUAACAGUACCAAUCCAUUCAACACUAAAGAAACGCUUGGUAUCGUUACAUUUGGAUUCUACCCUUCAAAUAUACAAUAUAUUUUAAAACGGCGAUUAAUUAAUGGUCAGUUUUGCUUUGUUUAUGGCAUGUGUGUGAGGAGGGUCGGGCUUCGUAGAUUUUGCUAACAAAAAAGCUCGUCCUGUAGAGUUAAGCCAUUGAGUGCUGGAAUCGCAGGACGCGAGAGCGAGCUGGCAUCAGACUGAACACCGAACGCUAUGGACUUGUGGACACAGGAAUGAAAAAUUAAUGCAACACAACCAACUCCUGAAUCGUUCGGUUUUUUUCACCCAAAUGAUCUCACCUCGCUUUUUUUGGGAGAUGAACAGCAACAUUGAGCCUCUACAAUUAUGCGCAAGCAUGUGUUCAGCUUAAGUGAUUAGUUGAUUUCAGUUCUCUUUGCGGACCAGGCUAUUUCAGAUUUAUAUAAGUUUUUAUUCGUUGUAACUGAAAUAUUUAUGCUUUGAUCAAUUCCUGAAAAAAAAAUUGUAUCAUAUUUCGAAGUAUGUUUUCAUACGAAAUGUACAUAACUUUCCUUGCUGUUGCCUGCCUCAUUGACAUACCCCGCUCAACAGCAGCGUCUUGUGAGCUUGUCCGGAUCCCGAUGUGCAGAUCGAUGCCCUGGAACAUGACAAAGAUGCCAAACCAUCUUCAUCACAGCACGCAAGCGAACGCAGUCCUGGCCAUUGAGCAGUUCGAGGGGCUGCUGGGCACCCAGUGCAGCGAGGACCUGUUGUUCUUCCUGUGCGCGAUGUACGCGCCGAUUUGCACUAUAGACUUCCAGCAUGAUCCGAUCAAGCCUUGCAAGUCCGUUUGCGAGAGAGCAAAGUGUGGUUGUGAACCCGUUAUGAAGAAAUACAACCAUACAUGGCCCGAAAGCCUAGCCUGCGACGAGCUGCCGGUUUAUGACAGAGGUGUUUGUAUCUCGCCGGAGGCUAUAGUCAAAGCUGAUGGACCGGAUAAUUCCUUUCAAGACUUCUCAAAAUGCCCACCAGAGUCAAGCCCAGACUUUCCUAUGGAUUCUCACAAUGUCAACUGCAAGGGCUCCAACGAUGAUCCAUGCAAAUGCAAGACAGUGAGACUUGGCCAGAAGACAUAUUUAAAAAAUAAUUACAAUUAUGUAAUUCGAGCAAAAGUUAAAGAAAUAAGAAGACGAAAUCAUGACUUGAGUGCAAUCGUGGAAGUUAAGGACAUUCUUAAGUCAUCAUUGGUCAACAUUCCCCGUGACAUAGUAACACUUUACUACAAUUCAGGCUGUCCGUGCCCUCCUCUCACAGCCAAUGAGGAGUACAUCAUCAUGGGCUAUGAGAAUGAGGAACGCUCAAGGUUACUGCUUAUUGAAGGGUCCGUUGCACAGAAGUGGAAGGACCGGGUGGGAAGGAAGGUUAAGCGGUGGGACCAAGCACUCCGCAAUCAAAGCAGGGGAAGCGCAGGGAGAGGAAACCCGAGGAGAAGCCGUCACUGAAAUGAAAACCGCGUCCGUGGGAAGCAGCGCUAUCAAAAUGUGGAGCCAAGAGAAACAAGUGAAAAAAAUUGCACUAUUACACAUUCUUUUUUAUUGUGACAUUAACUGCCGUUUAGUUGAAUGUAGAUUGUUUUUAUAUAUUUUUCUAUUUUUUUUUGUUGUAAGUUUUUGUUUGCUUUUCAUUAGUUCACUUGCACGCAAGUAGUGUUUGUUUUAAUAGCGCUGUAGGAAGUGUUGGACAAGCCUCUGGCUUUGGACUCACAGAGGGGUGAGGCUUUUGUGUGAGUGAAUGCUAUACAAAGGGUCUGAAGAGGAGGGCCGGAUAUUUAUUUAACGGCUGUACGCUGGCAGAGGUGGAGGUGUCCAUGAAACAACCACAUUUUAUUCAGCUUUAUGCGUAUGUAAAGACAAAUGGAAUUUUAGCAAGCUGUUCUGGUUGCAGCUCAAAUGUAUACACCCAGAAGAGGACUGUCUUAACUUCAAAGGACGAGCUCUGAAGAUCGGAGGAGAAAAAAACAACAUUUUUUGGCAGGAGUCACAGAGAACAUCAGAAUGAUCUGAGGCUUGGACUAAAUGGUAUCAAGGACAAAACCAAAUAAUAUUCUUACAUAAAAUUUCCACUUUAAAACAGAUUUACACAAUUGCUAUUUUAAUACAUAUUAUCUGUUUGUAUUAAACAUGCCAUUGGUUUGCUCACACGGUAUGUACAUUCCAUGGAAUUCUAUGGAUGCCUUAUCUGUCUGGCAAAUGGCUUUGGUCAAAGGGCUUUUUUCUGUUGAACUUUCCAUUCCUUUUUUAAAUUGAUUUACUGGUUCAUAGCACUCUUAUAAUGCUUGUAUUAAACAAGUGAUGUGAGCUAUCAGUCAAGUUCAGUAUGUAAACCUGUUACUUUCUUUUAAAUAUGUCUGGCUUGUGUCACUGCUGAGGCUUGCCGGCACUUCUGUCUCGAAAAGUGGUUGUAGUUUACAACAUCUACUCAAAUGAAGAUCAGGGGGUAAAACAAAAAGGUGACAAAUGUACAUGAGUUAAAUUUGGUGCUCAUUCCAGCAUGCAUUUUUGGUACAGUACUCACAUGUUCAAUUAAAAAAAAAAGCUUCACUGAAA